AUGACAUCAUCCGCGCCGAAACCCCCGCGCGGUCACUUCAGCGUGCUCUAUUUUGCCGGCGCAGGUUCUUUCACGGGACGGGACUCGGAGAGCUUGCCAGCGCCUUUACCUUUGGGCAAGCUUUUUUCCGAGCUGGAGUCGCGGUAUCCCGGCGUCCAGGCCAAAAUCCUCGACUCUUGUUUGGUAACGGUCAACCUUGAUUAUGUAGACGUUCCCGAAGCCGGCGAGGACGGCGCUCUGAUCCAAGAGGGAGAUGAGGUUGCCAUCAUUCCACCGCUGCAUACCUUUUGUUCGGACUUGCGUAUUCUCCCAACCGUUACGACUGCUGCGGCAACGAUCAACACGGCCGCCAACGUUGCCAAAACAGCCACCACAACCGCCAGCGCCGUACCAGAUGAGACUUUACACCCAAGAGGUCUCGUCCUGACCUCCCACCGCUCAUCUGGGUGCGGACAAAUAUUACCAGCAAAGGCCGGUGCCAGCGCCGGGAUGGUGUACUCGUUUGGCACGCACGACCACGUCUGCAUAGACAAAGCGUCGAUAUUCCGCUGUCAGAAGCGAUGA